CGUGUGCUAGUUAAUUGUGCAGUCACAGCCUGGGAGUCCCACCUGAGGGGAGGUGGGAAAUGCCUCGAGUGAGGGGGGAGGCUCUCGGCCGGGCUGGGCAGAUGCCGACCUCUCACUGAAGACGAGCGGGAGGCUGCUCAGCAAGGAGGUUUGACGGCUCGCAGGACGGCUGGACAGCUGUCACGGACCCUGGGCUCUGACAGCCCUCGGCCAGCCUCUCCCGCCAGCUGGGCCUCUCCGCCCUCCGCACUUGCCCUUGAUCGGUGGCUCUUCGCUGCGAUGGAGACGUGAGGCUGGGCGGACGAUGACUGCGGUGUACGUGAAUGGAGGCGGCCUGCUGAGCCCCCAGUGUGCCAGGUGGGACCGGCGCGACAGCGGGGACAGCGGCUGUCAGGCGGAGUGCGGCAAGGACGGCGAGGAGGGACAGCUCCGCCAGCUGACGCCCUUCGAGAAGCUGACCCGGGACAUGUCCCAGGAUGAGAAGGUGAUGCGGGAGAUCACGCUGGGGAAACGGAUAGGCUUCUACCGAAUUCGAGGGGAGAUCGGAAGCGGAAACUUUUCCCAAGUCAAGCUCGGAAUUCACUCCCUGACCAAAGAAAAAGUGGCCAUUAAGAUCCUGGACAAGACCAAGUUAGACCAGAAAACCCAAAGGUUACUAUCACGUGAAAUCUCAAGCAUGGAAAAACUACACCAUCCCAACAUCAUCCGCCUUUACGAGGUCGUGGAGACCUUGUCCAAGCUCCAUUUGGUGAUGGAGUAUGCAGGGGGUGGGGAGCUCUUUGGGAAAAUUAGCACGGAAGGGAAGCUCUCCGAAGCAGAAAGCAAGCUCAUCUUCUCCCAGAUUGUGUCUGCCGUGAAGCACAUGCAUGAAAACCAGAUUAUUCAUAGAGACCUGAAAGCAGAAAACGUAUUUUAUACCGGUAAUACUUGUGUGAAGGUGGGCGAUUUUGGAUUCAGCACGAUAAGUAAGAAAGGUGAAAUGCUGAACACUUUCUGUGGGUCUCCUCCCUAUGCUGCACCUGAACUGUUUCGAGAUGAGCACUACGUUGGCAUUUAUGUAGAUAUCUGGGCCUUGGGGGUGCUUUUGUACUUUAUGGUAACUGGCACCAUGCCUUUCCGGGCAGAGACGGUGGCCAAACUGAAGAAGAGCAUCCUGGAGGGCACCUACAGCGUGCCCCCACAUGUGUCGGAGCCGUGCCACCGACUCAUCCGAGGAGUCCUCCAGCCUGUACCCACAGAGAGGUAUGGAAUCGACUACAUCAUGAACAAUGAAUGGAUGCAAGGGGUGCCUUACCCCAUCCCUUUGGAACCUUUCCAGCUGGAUCCCAAACAUUUGUCAGAAACCAGCACCCUCAAAGAAGAAGAAAAUGAGGUGAAAAGCACUUUAGAACAUUUGGGUAUCACAGAAGAGCAUAUUCGAAAUAACCAAGGAAGAGAUGCUCGAAGCUCAAUCACAGGAGUCUAUAGAAUCAUUUUACAUAGAGUCCAAAGGAAAAAGGCUUUGGAAAGUGUCCCAGUAAUGAUACUACCAGACUCUAAAGAAAGAGGCCUAAAGAAAGGAUCCCGUGUCUACAGAGGCAUAAGACACACAUCCAAAUUUUGUUCAAUUUUAUAAAUUGCAUUAGACUGCUGAAAAUUAACCAAGAUCAUUGUUGCCACUUUUAAAUAUUUUUACGGACAACUUGGGUGGAGACAUUUUUGUAAUUUUUAAAUAAAUUUAAAUUUGAAAUAUGCAU